AUGCCGCCAAGGAAAGAUAGAAUGCAAUGGGAGUUUGAGUCGUAUGAAAGAGGAUCUGAUGAUGAUAACUUGAUAACAAUGGCUGUGCGCACAUUCUACACGAAGUACGAAGACGCUGUCGGAGUAGUCUUUGAGAUGUAUGCCGGCGCAGUAUACAAGCAUCCGCGCUCGGUUCUAGGUUUCUGCGUGCUAUAUAACUGUUUGUUUGGCUUAGGUUUCCUACGAUUUAGCUCAGAGACCGACAUGGAAAAGCUAUUCACACCUAAGAACAACGAAGCAUUAACAAACACGAAAAAAAUUAACGAAAUAUUUCAAAACAAAUCUCGUAACAAUUUCUACCCAAAGGUAAUAACGAAUCUGAAUAAGCAUGCAUACGGCGGCUUGAUAGUGAGGUCGAAGGGGAACUCGAGCCUUCUACGGAUAGAAUGUCUGAACGAGCUGAAGAGGAUUGAUGAGAUCAUACGGUACGAGGUCCAGAUAGUCAAUGAUUCCGGUUCUAAUUUACAUUAUGAGGAUGUGUGUGUACGUAAAGAAGGCCGGUGCGUGGUCAGUGGUGACUUCGUACUGACCAAAAUCUUCACUAUGUUGAUGAAGACACGCCACAUCCCAUAUCCUUAUUUUGUUGGCAGGAGUCUGUCGGGCAUGUUUGGAAAUGUUGGCGUGGUCGACGGCCGCCUGGUGUCGGCUUCCAUGUUACGUAUGAUGUACCAUCUCCGGCAGGACACAGAUGAAGACAAACAACGAUCGCUCGCCUGGGAGACCAGUUAUGUGAAUAAAUUAAAACACCUUCAAACAAAUAUAACUCACAUUGCAUUUAGAAGUUCAGCAUCUGUUACGAAAGAAAUAGGAAAGAGUAUAUUUGAAGAAAGAAAAUUUAUUCUAACUAUAGUCUUCAUGCUGGCGUAUGCUGCUUUUGCGAUUUCUGGCGGGAAUUGUGUGUCUGGACGUCAUACCCUUGCAAUCGCUGGAGUUAUGUCAUCUUGUCUGGCCGUGUUAGGGUCGUUCGGAGCAGUUAGUGGAACAGGAGUUAAAUUCAUCAGCAUCUGUGGCGUGAUACCUUUCCUUAUCAUAGGUAUCGGUCUGGACGACAUGUUUAUCCUGAUGGCGUGCAUGGUUGACACUCCAAAGACCGUUCCCGUGAGAGACCGAGUAAAGAAGAUGAUGAGAACGGGCGGGGUCGCGAUAACCAUGACGUCACUAACGGACUUUUCGGUGUUCAUGGUCGGCUCCACCUCAGUGUUCUCCAGUGUACAGUACUUUUGUAUAUACACAGGUGUAGCCGUGUUGUUCUGCUACCUAAACCAACUACUAUUCGUCGUACCGUGCAUCAUUAUCAACGAGAGGCGCACGUACGAGUGGCGUCACUGCAUCACGUGCCAGGAGACGCGGUCGUACAAGCAGUUGAGGGAUACGGACCACACCGUGCUGUUGAGCCUUUGUUGUGGUGGGGAGCCCCCGAAGUCCUUGUCUGAUAGCGAGAGUCCUCUGGAUCGAUACCCCAAACGUCUGGCACAGAAAGGAAUUUCCUACACACCAGUUAAGGUCGGAUCUGUGUUACUAUAUAUUGGAUACCUUGGAAUGGCUAUUUAUGGCGCAAUGAACGUCUGCCAGAAUUUUAGUGUAAGUUAUCUUGUGCCAGAGGACUCAUACGUACACCAGUACCUGUCUUGGUUAGAGAAAGACUUCCCAAACGAGGUAGUUGUGUCCUUCGUGAUCGACGGAGAACUCGACUACAGUCACUACGCAAUACAGCAAAAGGUAGCCGCCAUGUUAAAACGGGCUCGAAAAGAACCGUUCAUACAGAGGAAACGGGAAAUUAAUUGGUUACUAGGGUAUAAACUUUCGCCGUAUUACAAUAGCUCUAACGAUUUUAUAGAAGGGCUUAAAGCAUUUUUGAAAUCCCGAAAAGAUUAUGAAAUCGACGUCGUAUUUGAUGAAACGGGGCACAAGAUAAAAUCUUCUAGAUUUUAUGUUAUAUCAAAAGACAUUCGAGAUUCCAAAAUGACAAAGUCACUUUUGACGUGUAUGAGGACCAUCGCCAAGGAGUCUGGUCUACCAGUUAUCGCGCAUGCGCCAAUAUUCAUCAUUGGUGAACAGCUUAUGGCGAUUGGCAGCUCGACGUUACAAACAAUGCUGAUCGCCAUGGUGGCCACAUUGGUGAUCACCGCUGUGGCAAUGCCACAUCCCCUAAUCAUUGCUAUAGUAUGUAUCAGUAUGGUAAGUAUCCUGACUGGCAUGUACGGGUUCAUGUACAUGUGGGGGCUGAGUCUCAGCUCAAUUACAAUGGUCCAGCUCAUUAUGAGCAUUGGAUUUUCUGUUGACUUUUGUGCCAAAAUCUGCCACGCCUAUAUUUCAGCUGUUGGUUCCAACAGGACCGAGUUAGUAGCUUCCGCAAUCUCCCGAGCGGGAGGUGCAAUCAUCAGCGCUGCAGUGUCAUCCAUAAUCGGCGUCGUAAUGCUCGCCUUCACAUCAUCCUACGUUUUAAAAUCAUUUUUUAAAAUCAUGGUCCUUAUGAUGGUGUUUGGUUUGCUACAUGCCCUAUUGUUCCUGCCGGUGGUUUUGCUUACGUUUGGUCCACGACCAAGGACGAGUGGAAAAACUGAAGACAUUGAGCCCUCGAACACCGUAUCAACGAUAACAUUGUACGAAGGCAGAGAGCAGGCCGGACCGCUCAACAAUGUCUUCUCAGUAGGUCGGACAAGAAGUAGUGCGCCCCAACCUGUAGGCAAUCAGGGGACACAUUUAUAA